GUGACUUAAAAUGCUAAAUAGAAUAAUUUCUUUAUAAAUUAAUAAAAUAUAUUGAACCUUCUAAAAAAGAAAACCAAGUAUACUCAUAAAAAUAUGUAACAAUGUCUAUAUAUGGCAUAUGCAUUUUAAGAUUGACAAUAAGAAAACUUAUCUAUAUAACCCCAAAAUAAAAACACAUGCGUAUUCUUUGAUCUUUCAGAACCCCCAAAAAUAAAAAAGAAUUCUCUCCAACGACUCAAAAUAAAAACCCCAAAAAAAUCAAGAAACAGGGGGAAGGGACAAAGAAGCAGAGGCGGUCGCCAUGGCCGUCAUCCCGCCGGCGACAGAGUUCGGAGAUCUAUGCGACGAAAUCGCCGAAACCAUCUUCUCUUUCGUCCCCCUGAAAUCCCUAGCGAAGCUGGAGACCGUUUCCAAAUCAUGGCGGCAGUUGAUUGCCAGAGUCCGGCUCCACCACCCGCCCGCCACCGACUCCGGUCUCGUUCUCCACCUCUGGUCCUCCGGAGGCGCCGGACUCUCUCAAAAAUCCGUCUUCUUGAAGCUCCACUACCCCCGCAACGCCGAGCUCUGCACCGUCGACUCCUCCGCCCCGAACAAAUUCCUCUUCUUGAUCGAUUCCUGCAACGGGUUAAUCCUCUACGGCGCCGUGGACGACAAGAAGACUUGGAAUUACAUCGUACAUUCCCAGGUUUCCGACCAGUCCAUAGCCCUCCCUCCGUCGAACUCCGUGUACAGACCCGCAUUCGUCGCACUGGCCUUUGACCCGAGGAAGAACGCCCAAUUCAAAGUCGUGGGCUUUUUCUGGAACGAGAAGCAGGGGAAGCUCUUGAAUUCGGGUCUGAUUUCCGAAGAGGGCUUCGUGUUUGGACAGUGCUUCGGCCCUGCAAUCUAUAUGAACUCAAGAUUACAUCUGAUAUGGUGCUUCUGUCUCUUAAUCUUCGAUGAAGACGGCGAUGAAUUCACAGUUUUGCCACUCCCAAGAAACCCCAACGGAUCAUCAUAUUCAUACCACAAUCCCUGCCACCGCUCGCUAUGGGAAUCGGAGGGGAAAUUGAAUCUUUGUGACCCGGAUGAACACGGGUUUCGAAUCUGGGAGUUCAGCAACGACACCCACGAAUCGUUAUGGACAUUGCGUCGGUAUGUGGUUCUGGACGAUUUGAUUUCGGAGACGAGGAGGGAGACGGGGGUGAGAGUGACUGUGGGGAAUUCCAUAAGGUCCUCUGGGUUCAAUGAAGAUUUGCAGAUUCUGUACAUUCAUGUGGUUGUGUGCAAGAAAAUUGUAGGGUACAGCUUUGAGACUAAGAGGGUUGUGGGGGUUUGGUCCUAUGGAGAUGUGGGAGAAGAUUUCCAGCUUCAUACUUUCUUGUUCAAACAUGUUGGUUUGAACUCUUUCAAGCUCUGUCAACUAUAAAGUAAGUGUGAAGGAAGGAUGCCAACCAAUCUUAUUCUUUUACCUUUCAUUUACUACUUUUAGAAUAGGAUUUAUGUGAUGAGUUGUACUUAGCACUCAGCAGUGGUUCCAAGAUUUUUUGGAUGUGUUGUACACUUGUACUUAGAGGGGGUGGAGAAAUUUUUUGAGUGCACACUUAGUUAAUAAUGGUCUCAAUUCUUUACUUUUAGUCCAUAUAAUAAAAUAAAGAAUAUGUUAUCCAUAAUUUUUUCUUUCAUUUAAUAAGAUUUUAACUACUUA